ACGUAGUUGUACCUAUCGUGCACUUUUUUUACAGUCCUCCUUUUCCAAGAUUCGAAUUUAUAUCCUCCGUUUCGCUUCCAAGCGUUGUUUUAAAGGGAAAAAAAGUGCAGUGGAGUGCAGUUAAAACAGCUGGCCGGUGACACGAUACGCGUCGCGCAUACAUACCAACGUAAUACGAGAAGAUGCGACAGAACGCGUUCGAUCGUUUCGCGUGACGAGUCGAAGGGACGGGGAGUGCUUGUCGCAAACAAAUCCGUCCGCGUGCAUCGGAAAGGAAAAUUAUGCAACGUCGUUCAACACGCUCGUGUUACCGAGGGAUCAGAUGAAGGAGGCUGACUUUCCUAUUAUCUCGACAUCUCGAAUCCGCGAUCGGAAUGGUUUCCCUCACGCGAAUCUCUUUCGUUACGCUUCUCUAUGCAAUUUUGAUGCACACGGCAGGCUCGCGCGUAAUCGAGCUGAGUGACAGAUUUCUGGAUAUACACAAAGAUGGACAAUGGCUGGUCAUGAUGUAUGCACCAUGGUGUGCGCAUUGCAAAAGAUUGGAACCAAUUUGGUCUCAUGUUGCUCAGCAUUUGCAUGCAACGUCAAUACGUGUAGGACGUGUGGAUUGUACUAGAUUUACUAGCGUGGCAAGUUCAUUCAAAAUCAAAGGAUUUCCCACCAUUCUAUUUUUAAAGGGUGAUCAAGAGUAUAUAUAUCAUGGUGACAGAACUAGAGAUGAAAUAGUCAAAUUUGCUUUAAGACUCAGCGGUCCUCCCGUGCAAGAGGUGACGAGACCUCAGAGCUUUGACACUAUAAAGAGAGAACGCGAUCUCUAUUUCUUAUACGUCGGUGGUAGAUCUGGAGUCUUAUGGGAACUUUAUCACAAGACUGCAAAUAUAUUUCAACCGCAUGCAUUCUUUUAUCAAUCUCAUCCGAGCGUUGUAAAUAAACAUGCACCUGUAGAAAAUGUCCCGGCAUUAUUCGUGUAUAAGGAAAGUUCACAUUACAAUUUUACUGGGCAUAAUUUAAGUGACAUAGAGAAAAUGAACGAGACGCUUUACAAAUGGGUGAAUGCGGAACGUUUUCCAACGUUUCCAAAGGUGACCAGAGGAAACAUAAAUCAAUUAUUCUUAACAAAUAAGAAUCUUGUUUUAGCGGUAGUUGAAGAAAAUCAACUAGAAGAAGUUGCGCCCGAUAUGCUGGAAUUCAGGAACAUGGUCGAAUCUGUGAUUAAGAGCAAACGGGAGAAAUACCACGAUCAUUUUCAGUUUGGUUGGAUAGCUAGUCCCGAUCUAGUCAAUAGUAUAGCGAUGAUGGUAUUACCUUUACCGAGCUUAAUUGUGAUAAAUACAACUACUAAUCACCAUCACAUUCCCGAGGAUGAAACAGAGAAACUGACUCCAUACGUGAUAGAAUUGUUUCUAGAACAAAUUCGCAAUGAAAGUGCUCCGCGAUUUGGUGGAAACAAUUGGCUAGUGCGUAGUUAUAGAACCUGGUUUGAAUUGAAAACCACUCUGGCUUCAAUGUGGAAGGGCAAUCCUAUUUUGAUGACUGUAUUAGUCGGAUUACCAGUUGGAUUCUUAUCGUUAAUAUGUUAUGGCAUUUGUUGUCCAGAUAUCUUGGAUGCAAAUGAUGAAGAAGAUGAAAAUGCUGGAACAAGUCAUAUGAAGAAUGACUAAAAUUAAUUAUAGAUAUAUACUAUACAGAAAUACAAGUUUCGAGAUACAAAUUUUUUAUUAUAUAUAGCAUAUAUAAACAUUUUUGAUUAUGUAAUACGUUCUUAAAAAAAAAUUUGCCAAAGCAG